AUGAUUCCUACGGAACGUGAACUUUUCCGUGAGAAAGACAGUAAGCUAUGGAGAGCUCCUCCAACAUGGGCAUUCAUGGUUCUUCGCUAUUCUGGGGUUUUCGCUCUUGUUCCGGGACUUUUUUUCACAUCCCUGCAAAAUCAGCACUGUCAAGUGGCUGCUUCCUUAGGCGAAGUUGGAGUCGUUCUCGUCACCGGAUCAGCUGGGCUUAUUUUUGCUUAUCGUGUGUUCGCCAUCUGGCGCUACAACAAGACUGUGAUGGUUCUCGUAUCGGUCUUGUAUGUUUUCAAUGUUGCCUGUUGGAUCGCAGUUGGUUCACAGCUCCGAGCGUCCCAGGGUCCUCCGACACCUUUUGGCUCUAACUGCAAGUUACACCCAGUCCCUGAUUGGGAUCCCCUGCCAUUUGCUUCAUCCGUGUUAUUCGAUACCACCGUGCUGCUCCUUACAAUAAUCAAGACCAGAGAAGACAAAAUCAAGAGCUCUGCCAUUGGAAAUCAAAUAUUGCGGGACAAUAUCAUUUACUUCGUCAUUCUUUCCGUCACCAACAUCGUAGUUUUGGUCAUAAACUGUCUUGGCCCUAAAUUUGACAACAUCAAGCCUGUCACUCUUCCCUAUCCUACCCUGAUGACUACUGCUAUGGGUACCCGCGUUUACUUGAAUUUGAGGCUGUAUAACAAGAGACGCCACGAGACGUCGACUCUUCCUCAGGUCACUUCGGGCGACACCAUGCGGUUCAAGACAAACGACGUACCAAUACCUCUCAACUCCAUGAGGAGUGCUACCAUGGUAGUUCAGUCUACCCAUGUGCAAAAGGACUGGGACGAUACCAAACUACACACUGUCACCACUGAGAGCCUGUGA